GUACCCCCUGUUUAACCACCCUCACUCUCAUCCCUCGUCAAUUGGCAGCGUAACCAUGUGAACUCGUGCCAGCAAGCUUUCUCACGAUCUCAGAAUUAUGGCAGAGGCAUGAACAGCAACGAUUAUGACACUUAUGCUUUUCCUACACCACUCACAUAAUUGAGCCUCUUCGGACUGCGCAGGCCGCGUACACUGCGACGGAGCGCUCGGCACAGCUCAACGUUAUAACCCGACAACGCGACAACCAUGGCGGAUCUCGAGCGGACGGUCCUCGAUUUCUACCAAAUCUCGACCCUUAACCCUGUGCAGUGGCCAGCCGAGAAAAAUAAUGACAGCGAUGUUUCGGACGACGAGACGACCAACAAGAAGAUCAACAGGAGGAAAUCGAGGUAUCAAGCGCUGGAGAGAGCCGUAAGCACCAGGAGCAGCGUCGUCCCAGGAUCCGAGACCUCCGGCAGCGGUGUGGGCAAUCUCGUGCAGAAAGACGAGCCGGACCCCCUUGGCACCACCGACAGCGUUGUUCGGACGCUGAAACACCUGGGCGUCCCGCUGCAGGAUGACGUGAGGCUUCGCAACCGAUUCCUCCUCUCGUCGACGACCUUCUCCCCCGCGCUGUUCCUCUCGCAGAUGCAUGCCACAGCGGACACGCAAUCGCUGAUAAACGGUCUCGAGGUGCUUUCCAAGUCGAUCGACCAGAAGUCGGCCUCACUCAAGGUCCUUGUGGAAUCGAACUUUGAGCGCUUCGUCCGCGCGAAGGCCACCAUCGAUAAUGUCUACAAGGAGAUGAAGUAUCGCGGCGUAGAUCCCUCGCCGCCACGGGCUCGAGGCCACUCUCGUCACGCCAGCAAGAAUAGCUUUCGAAGUGGCAGCGGCCCAGCGCCCCUGAACAGCCCGCAUUCACCGGCCACGGACCCCCGCAAGAAGAACGCGCUGAUAAAGGAGAGCGAGUACGGCGUCCUGGGGGUCAAGGCGCCACUGCUAGACGUCUCAGCAAAGGCCGAGGAUGUCUGGGGCCCCGCGUUAGGAGGGAGAGAGAAAGAGGAGCACCUCAAGACGGUGGCCGCGGCCCUCGAUCAAUACAAGGAGUUUGUGGAAACGAGCGCGGCGAUAGCGGACAGCAUCAAGCGCAAGGACCACGAGACCCUAGUGGAAGAGUACACCAAAGCGAGGCGGUUCGCCGACGAGGCGAAACAGCUGGCCGAGGAGAUCAAGUCGUCCCAGCCCACUGACGACCAGCUCUACCGGAUCCUCCUGGCGGCUCGGAUGUGGCAUGACGUUGAGGAGCAGAUCCAGGUUUUUAAGCGAGACUUGUGGCGGAGGCUCAUCUCCCCCUACAACUUGACCAAGGCGGACGCCUCGGGGCAGCGCGAGAACGACCAGCACAUGGAGCUGAUAUCGCUCCUGCUGGAACUCGGCGUUGAAGACAAUCCGGUGUGGGUCUGGCUCUUGAGCCGUUACGACUACCUGAAGAGCAAAAUCCUGUCCACAACCGAGCGGUCAAAGGUGGAAAUCGAGAUCUUGCGGCGCCGUCUGGCAAAUGCUGAAAAGCCGAGCCCCCAGGCUAUCGCAUCUCACAUGCGAACGCUAGGAAGGCAGUCGAUCGAGGCCAUGACCAAGACGUUCGACUCGCCUGACGUCGUGGAGCUGUGGGAGAUGAACGUCGCGUUUCUGAACAACCUCCUCUCCUCCCAAGGGUUAUUGGGCGAGGUGCUCGAUUUCUGGCAGACUGUUCAGGGAUUCAUCGAUGGCAAGACACAGAGGAACCUGCCGGCCGGUUAUAACGGGGAGUCGAAGACCCACCAUCGGCUUUCACAGCAAGGGACCAUCGAUCUCCAGAAGGGCGCUGUCGAGCUUGUCAGCAUGAUCCGGGAGAGCGUUCUCGUCUUCUUUGCUGGUCCUCCGCCCGAGGAUAUCUCGCUCCUCUUCUCUCCACUACCGCCGCAAUCCCCGGCCACUCCGGGUGUUGCAUCUAUCUCGGGCUCGCUUAGUCCGAGAGAUCCGCGCUUCAAUAUCGACCCAAACAACCCGCCGCCACCGUCGCCGAAGAGAGGCGAAGCCUGGGAGAAGUUCGCCUUCUGGCCGCCCUGGUCCAACUCGCUCAGCGGCGUGUUUUUCCUCUCCAAGAUGCUUGCCCUUGUUGGGGCCGGGGCUUCCGACAUGGCUUCUGUUUCCCCCGUCGGGGCAGGAGAUGCCGCCGAGGUCGAACGCAUCAAGAUGCUGGUGGGAGCCGCCAGGGAAAGGUGCGUGGUCGCUCUCUGCGCCGCAUGGAACAGGGACGCCGAGAACAUCAAGUACGUCGAGGACUGGAACCGGUCGCCAGACAGCCGAGACGUAACCAAGAUGCCGGCCACCUUCGCCGCCUUUGAGGGUGCGCUGCUCAGCGGCAUGCAAAAGAUUCUGUACAUCUCCGAGGCCAUGUCGAGGCCGGGGGCCGGGGAUAUUGUUCUCCCUCCGCCGACAAAGCUGUUGCAGAUGGUCCGGAGCCAGUACGUGACUACUCUCUACAAAGCCUUGGGCGGCAUGGUCGAGAAUGCCGAGCGAUUUCCCAAGAAGACGGACGAUGAGUGGACAGUAGAUGUCGACGGAUACGUCUUGGUGAACAACCCACCCAGUUCCCAACUCUCGGCGUCGACAAUCGGAGGGGGGACCAUCGAUGCGAGCGACAGAAACGUCCGCAUGCUACUUACCCUUAGCAACCUCCAAGCGCUCCGCUCGACCGUCGUCCCCAGCCUCAACACGCAGUUCGAAAACGCCUUCUCGGUCAAGCUGACCGACGAGACCAAGACGAUCCGCGACGUGCUCAGCCAGAUCGACGCCCGGCUCUUCCAGUCCUACACCCGGCCCUCCAUCGAGGCCCUCCGGCGCAUCAUCCGCGCCGGCGUCACAGCGCCCGACUGGGUCCCGCCGCCGGGCGCCAAGCCGCGCGAGGUGCGGCCGUACGUGUACGAGGCGCUGCUGGAGCUCGUGCUGGUGCACACGCAGGUGUCGACGACGGCGGCGCCGCUGACCAGCGAGGUGCUCUCGUACCUGCUGGAGCAGGCGUCGCGCGAGCUGCUCGAGGCCUUCCGCACGCGCCCGCGCUACAGCCUCGAGGCGCUCAUGCAGGCCACGCUCGACGUCGAGUUCGUCGCCCAGACGCUGAGCCACUACACGACCGACCGCGCGUCGGAGCUGCAGUCGGCCGUCUACCAGGAGCUCGACGGCCGCACCGACAACGACGCCCGCGCCCGCCUCCAGGCCGAGCUGCCCGAGAUGCGCGCCGUGCUCAAGCGCCUGCGCGAGGCCAGCAAGAGCGAGUUCGCCUGCUUCAGGAAGCCUAAGCGGACUGCCGCCGCCGCCGCCGCCGCUGCUGGCGGCAGCAGCGCUCCUGGACCGGGACCGGGUGGGCUCGAGAGAAGGGACACGGGGGGUAGCGUGGGGAGUGAUAGAUGAGCUUGGGGAGAGGUCAUGGUGGAGUGAUUGAUGGAUGGACUGUUUGGCGAAUGACUCUUGGGUUACGACAGGAUUUAGCACGCACUUGUUUGUUCUUCGGUGGGUAACAUCUCCCCACAUUGGGGAAAUCUUUGUCAUUGUUUAUAUCUGGUCGCGAAGGUAGAAGAACUGAGCGUUCCUAAAACUGGCCACG